AUUUAUAUUUUUUUAUUUGGAAAAAUAGAACAUUUUUAUAAACAUUAAUUUUAUAAAUAUUAAAUAAAGAGAAAGAUAAUUUUGAAAAAAUUUCCUAAAAAAAUCAACAUGAUAAGAUAAAAAAUCUAACGAUAUUUUGUUUCAGAAUACUUAAGUGUUUGUAUGAUUUCGCGAAACUUGUCGAGAUUCGCUUUUGAGCUUCUGAAAAUUAUUUCUUCCCUUAAUUUUAGAUUAAUAUGCAUUGCGGAGAAUUAUCACAUAUCCAUACAUACACACGAAAUAAUAUCUGUGCAAUAUCUGUCUCUAAAUUUUUCUGAUAUAUUACAUUGAAGUUUGAAUAAACGAUGUCAGAUUGUAUCAGAACAUCCAAAACGGCCGAAAUAUUCGCCCGUUCAUCAUAAUUAUCAGGUUAAAGAAUUUUUUUCCAAAAUUGUGUUUUUCUAUUAUUGUCACAGAAGAUAUUUUGGGAGGACAAAAAGCUAGAGAAACUUUUAAGUAAAAAAUUUCUAAUAUUUUUUAGAAAUUUAUUUAACGAUUUAUAAUACAUUAACUUUUCAUUAUAUUUAUCAUAAAUAUUUAUAGUCUGUAACAACAUUGGUUCAUAAUGACUGUUGAUAAUAAUGUUAAAAAAUUAAUUUUCUGUAGUAAUAGAACAAAGUGCAAUAAUCUUAUUGGCUAGAAAAUUCAAAAACUAUCUAAAUAAAACUCUCUAAGAACGUGCCACAAAGAACAAUAUAUAAAGUUACAUAAACAAUAAUAUUAAUAUAAGUAGUAGUAACAAAAGAUAAGAAGAUUGGAUGGUGUAAUGAAAGAAACGGAAACAGAAUGGUGUAACGCAAGAAAACACGGAAGAUAAAACAGAAAAAAAAGAAAAACAAAGAGAAUUUAUAAGAGAAUGUACAUUGGCUCAACUAUGUUCUUAGUCCUUGCGGACAAAGAGUCAGAUACUGGAAAUCUGUAAUUCAUGUUAUACGUGUUAAAAAUGUUUUGAAGUAUACUUUGAUUUAUGGAAUGCAUUCUAAGAAUAACAUUGUGAAAGGUCUUUAGAUAUCUUAUCUGAAAAAGAUCUUUAUCGGAAAUUUAUUAAAGCGGAAGAAGACUCUCACAGCUUCGUCUGUCUCCUUCAACCUGUACAUUCCUGAAGUGUGGCUAUUAUAUGUAUAAACUAACUAUGAAGUGAGAGUAAUGUUUAGAAAUAAAGGUAUAUUAGAUAUGUUUACAUCGCUCUCGCACGAGAGACGGCGACCGCCCUCUCCGAAACCAUGUGGUGUAGGUCAGUGUAAGCAGACGAAUAGCGUGCGAUAGCGACGUUAAACGUGUCGGAGAAUAGUCUCAUUUGUUGUAACAGUAGCGGCAAAUUGAUGUGAUUUUCACAUACCGAGAUCGGGUCAGCGGUCAAGCAAGCGAUACCGAAUCGUAUCAAUUUGCCGUUAUCGUUAUCGCGCGAGUAGUACAAUUUUUCAAAAAUUACUUUAAGAUAAACGUGCCAUCGUUCGGCGGCAUGUGCUAUUGAGUGUGAACUUGUUCUUAAUUGUUUGUGUGAUUUUUUCCCCUCACUCUCGACCACCCCCUCUUCGAUCUUUCUGUGACCCUCGAUUAAGGAGAUAGUUUCGGAGUGUGUAUGCGAGAGAUGAGUAUACUUCUCAAAGAGGAUCUCUAUGAAGUCGUGAUCGUGGUAACGCGCCUGAUAGUGAAGCGUUCAACGCGUCUCCAUCGUGUAUGUAAUGUCACGUGGCGUGCAGGUUUGUGCAGCCUCUCGCGCAAGGGCUUACUGCAGAAGCUACGCUUCCUGAUCAAUCACCUGGACCUACGGACGAUCGUCCGGUGCUUCGAUCGUGGACUCUUCGCCGACGAUCCGGACAUCAUCGCUAUCGGCUACCACGAAAUCGUGCAACGCGGUGUGCGCGACGCUGUAUACGUUGAAGCGAUAGUGAGAAAAUAUGAAAGUUUAUGCGAGUGCGGCGCGACCAUGACUCCCGCUAACGGUAAUACGCUAUCGGAGAAUUCGUCGAGCGGCGGCCACGGCCACGGACACGCGACACAGAUGAUGCAAGGAAAUUCACCAAAGUCUCAAAUUCUCAAGAGAACUGCAGAUAUAAUAGAUCUAGAAGAUAACAUUGGCGCGAAGAAGCGUCAUAAGAAUCCACAACCGAAAAAUGCAGUAUGUGCAUUAAACGAGCUGAAAACUGGAGCUACUUAUAAACUGGUGGGACAGACUGGGCCCACGCAUGCUCCAAUAUUUACGAUUGCGGUACAAAUUGAUGAUCAGAUGUACGAAGGGAAAGGACGUACCAAGAAGAUGGCUAAGCAUGCAGCUGCCGAACUCGCUUUGCGAAACAUCGUCCAGUUUAGAAAUACACCUGAGGUUCAUCAAGCUAUUAACACUUGCCAGCCUGUUGUGCCUGUCGAACCAGACUUUACGAGCGACGUGACGGAACGUGAUAAUCAUCUUGUCAAUGCAUUUAAAACAUUACCCCAGGAGCCAAAGAAUAUCAAUAGAUACAAUGAAAAAGGUCCAGUCGCGUUGAUUAACGAACUAUAUCCGGGUGUCGUAUACAACUGUAUAUCCGAUAACGGAGAGAGUUACGCAAAGUUCACGAUAUCGGUAACCAUCAAUGGCGAAACAUUCGAGGGAACAGGCCCAAGUAAGAAGAUGGCGAAAGCUGCGGCGAGUAAAGCUGCCUUAGCAAAAUUGCGAAACGUCCAUAGUUCCUCGUUUUGUUUACCGCUUCCUAUUCGUAUCAAUUUUCCUGCGCAAGAACAAAUGUCUCUACCACAAAUGCUAGCCGACAAAAUUGGCAGGCUGGUACAUCAGAAAUAUAGCGAUCUUAUUGCCACCAAGCCGCUGCACGCGCGACGCAAAGUUUUAGCUGGCGUUGUAAUAACAAAGGGACAAGAGGCAGAACUGAUAUGUGUUACCACCGGUACAAAAUGCGUUUCUGGCGAGCAUUUGAGCGUCAGUGGUAGUGCCGUGAAUGAUUGUCACGCGGAAGUGGUGGCGCGACGGUGUCUUUGUGAAUAUCUUUACAAUCAACUAGAACUGCACAUCGAAGACAAGGGUGCCGAGUCCAUCCUCGAGCCGGCCAAAAAGGGAUUUAAAGUAAAGCAAGGCAUCCAAUUUCAUUUAUUUAUAAAUACCGCUCCCUGCGGUGACGCGAGAAUCUUCUCCCCUCAUGAAGACAACGAUAACAUAGAUAAGCAUCCAAAUAGACGUGCAAGAGGUCAAUUACGUACAAAGAUAGAAUCCGGCGAAGGAACUAUUCCUGUAAAAAGUAACGAGGGUAUUCAAACCUGGGAUGGUGUAUUAAUGGGUCAAAGACUGCUGACGAUGUCAUGCUCGGACAAAAUAGCUCGGUGGAACGUACUUGGUGUGCAGGGCGCACUCUUAAGCCACUUCAUCGAGCCAAUUUAUUUCCACAGCAUUGUCCUCGGCAGUCUCUUAAAUCCGAGUCAUAUGUACAGAGCAGUGUGCGGUCGCAUCGAAAACACUAUUCAGGGCUUACCGCCGCCAUAUAGACUUAAUAAACCAUUAAUGAGUUUAGUCACAUCAGCAGAAGUCAGACAACCUGGAAAAGCGCCUAAUUACAGCUUGAAUUGGACAAUUGGGCAGAGCGAAGCUGAAAUCAUAAACUGUACGACUGGCAAAGAUGAAAAUGGAAAACCUUCUAGAAUAUCUAAACAAGCAUUCUUUAGACGGUUCUUUAAUCUCUUGCAUCAUCUUCCGACCAUAGACGAUGUUGAUGAAAAUACCUGUCGACAGUACUACGAAGCAAAAACUUCAGUGCAAGAUUAUUCACUUGCCAAACGUCAAUUGAAGGAUGCUUUUGCGAAAGCACAGCUUGGAAAUUGGGUGAAGAAACCGAUCGAGCAAGACCAAUUUGAAAUCGACAUCUGACUAAAUCAGAGUAAUAGUAACGUAACAAAAAAAAUCGAUCCAAUUGUCGAAUAUGUUGUUCCUAGUGCAAAAUAGAUCGCUCGUUUGGCGUGUCAUAAUAUGGCAGAAUUUGGUAUCAGUAAAGCAUAAAUCGUAGGAUCUCGCGCGCAUUGUGUUCUUUUGCGUCCCCCGGUGUGUAUCUCUAUUAGUGUUCAAACCAUAUUUAUCAAUAAUUAUUAAUAAUUUUGUUGUGUAGCUGAUAGGAAAAUUUGUAUUAUAGUUUAUAUUAUUUUGACUUAUUAAUAGCAAUAAUUGUUGACAAAAAGUCUAUUCGGAGCACAUAUCUAUAAAAAAUUUCUUAGUAUUAAUUCAUAAUGUAUUACUUCACAUCAUACUUCUAAUUUCAGAAGCCUCUUUAAUUUUGCACUGCAUAUACAAAACAAAAGAUAUAUUUAGUAAAUUUAUAAGAGUAAUUUUUUACUUAUGCAAAAUAAUUUUAACAUGUUUUUGACAUUUCUACAUUUUACUCUCAUUUGUCCAUUUGUGUAAGCUACAAGAUUGAUCUAUUAUAAUUUUGAAUAUAUACAUAGUUUUGAAAUAGUUUUAAGAAGCAACAUUAGUGUCUUAUAUAAGAAUUACAUUGCGUUCCCCAGAUAACAUUCUAUGUCAAAUAUAUCCAAACGGUCAUAAUUUUUUUUAACAGAUUUGUCGCUUAAUAUAAUGCGUUAAUACGCACCUAAACGCACACGUAAUACGAACAUCCUGUAUCAUACACAAUGAACAUAUCCUUGCGUAAAUAUGUAUGCAAGUUAGUGACGUGUCGAACACAAUCCUGCGUAUUUCUAUCUUUUAAUUAUUCAUGAGUUUACGAAAUGCUAUCUGGGAUCUUUUUGUAGGGGCAUUAGGUAUCGUAGCAACGAAAUAAGUUGCACUUUGCAUCCUCAACGGCUGUGAUUGGAUUCAGAUCUGAAAAAUGGAUCUUAAUCGUAAAAAACGAAUUGUUGUGUAAAGUUCAGAGGAAAAGACGGGAAAUGGAAUUUCUCAUGAACGUUUGCAUAGUAAUUGCAAUUUUCCAUUUCAGCAGCAGUUUAUUCUCAUUUAUCCGUUUACUCUCGCUAAAAUUUGAAAAAUCUUUGCUAUACAUUUAGAAAUAUAAAUUUAACUUUUCCGAUAUGUUUACAGCAAAGAUUCUUGUUUUGAUAUUAUACAGAAAUAUUUAACAGGUUAAAAACGCAUCGCGCUUAAACUUAAUAUCAAGAUUGUAACGGAUAUUCUUUUAUUUCAUUGCAAAGCACGAUUCUAGUUUAUAUCGAUCAGAUAAAUUUUUAUCAAAGUAUUUAAUAAAAAAAAGAUGCAUGAUUGAUUAACCGUGUCAAGAAAAAAUCAUCCUUUGCACAUCAAAAGAAAUAAUGAAAAGAAUAUUAAUUAUAUAGUAUAAUUUAAUUAUAUGAUAUAAGUAACACAGGACCACAAAAUUUUUUUGAAAGUUUACUCGGAUCAGAUAUUUCUUACAGAUUUUAGGUCACUGAAACCAAAUCUGAAGCCUGUUUAACCCUAACACAUUAGGUUUUUUAUUUAUUCGAGAAAAACACUAAAAUUUGGGAUAAACCAUCAAAUAAAUUGAAUAGGUUAAUAGGUUUAUGUGUUCAGAGUGUUCGGGGCUUAUGAGUUUAUGAAUUCAUGAGUAAACGAGCAGUGUUUCAGGUGAUUAGGACCUGCUACUUGAUGUUUUCUUGAUUUUGGUGUUUGUUUUUCUCGGAUAGAUAAAAAACCUGACGUGAUGGAGUUAAACAAGUUUUGGAUUCGGUUUCAGUAACUUAAAAUCCAUAAGAAAUCUGGUCUGGUUCGGGUAAAUUUUCCCAAAAACUUUGUGGUCCUGUGUAAUGAUUAUAUGAAACGUAGCAAACAAUAUACAAUACUUUUUGUAUCAUGUAGUGCAUAAUUUAUGCACUACAUUCUUUGGAAGGUCAAAAUCAUAAAUUAAACUCUUUAUAUUUAGUUUUAUGUAAAAAGCAAUGUCAAAUGCUGGAUGGAAAAUGCAAGGCAAAAGAAGGAUGAUUGAACAUUCAUUAUUGUAGAGCAUAUAUAAAGUACUUUUUUGUAAGUGCUGUGACGAAAUUUUAUCUGAUAUAAACUAGGAUUUUUUUCUUAUACAUGUAUACGAAAUUAUCAACUGUCCACAGCCAGUUUAAUACAGUGGGAUUAAUUAUUGCUUUCAAUACGUAUUUACAUGUGUAAAAAAUAAAUGGAAGUGAGUGUAUAUAUAGAAAAAAAAAACAUAAUAAUUAUCUAAUUUACGUGAACGAUUACAGUUUUCCAGAUAAAGCAGUUGAUAAGUAUCAUAGUAUAUUUACAGAGAAUCCUAAGGUCAUUGCCUCACUGUGCCAGUAUUAUUAAUGCAAUUCUGCCAUAGUGACACACUGCCCGUGUUGGUCCAGUUUUGCAUAAAGAACUUGUGUAAUCUAUGAUUUAACACCAAAGUAUUUUUUUAUUUUUAGAAUUAUGUAAGUAAUCGCGUUAGAACGUUAAGUAUUAUUUCAGAUAAAUAUUAUUUUCGUAGAAAAGGGUCUUUCGUUUUAGAAAGGGAAAGAGAAACAUAUGUCGUACACAUGCACGCAAUCAAUUUUAUACGUUCCAUUGAUCUGUUAAACUUCUAUUAUUUCUUACAUUCUGCGUUUCUUACUUAAUGCAAUAAGCUGAUAUAUUUAGGACUGAUAUACAAUUAGGACAUUUAAAUUAUCAGAGCAUUUAAAAGAUCGUAUUUGAGGACCAGCUUAUUUGUUUACUUCCUCCUUUUGCAUCCAACUUAGAUUUAACUUUAUUAAUUCAGGAUUACUAUUACACAGUCGGAAAAACCGAGAAAAUUAUGGAGUUUUUAGGAAAUCUAUGAUUUAUCUUUGAAAAUUGUAGAUUUUUACAGGAUUUUGUUUUUUUGAAUAUCAAAAUUCUGUAAAAAGUAUUUUUGAAAUUUUAUUUUAAAAUGUUUAUUCUACUUUUUGUUUCUGACAAAAUUGUUUUUCUUUUUAAUCAGUUUUUUUCGAUAAUACAAAAUGCACGCCCUUGUAAGUUCUUCUGUAACUCACGAGUUUUUAUUAAAAAAUUAGUAACAAUAUAUUGCUUCCAAAUUACUGUUAUGUAUUUAAUAACAUUUCAAAUUCUGUACUACCGAUAGACUAGAUUCACGUAUUGCAGACAAAUUGUUAUAUGUUAUAUUUUGUUUCUUAGGAUUGUUCAAUUAACAUAUGAAAGAUAUAAUAAAAUAAAUUUACUUCAAUAAAUUUACCAAACUUUAUUAAUACAUUCUCUAAUCUUACCUAAUCUAAUUUUAUUUUGAAUAAAAUUCCUGAAAAAUCCAGAAAUUCUCAGAGAAUUCUUUUAUAAAACUUAAGUAAACACUAUAAUCUAAGUUACAGCAGAAGUGUUUUUCAGAGUCGAAAAAGCAUCCUCAAUACUUAUCAUGUUUUACGUACUUCUUGUCUUUAUAAAAUAGAUUGCGUGCGACGACAAAGGUGUUUAGCUUGUGUACGUUGGAGUCAAUAUGUGAUAUCAGUCAUGUACUAGUGCCAAGCGCGAUUCGCACCAACGCUCAACGAAUUUUACUUUAUCUUCUACUUUGUUCUCUAAUGCGUUUCGCCCAAGAAACAAUACAAGUCAGGUUUUUCAAUUAGUCAAAACGGCGGAAAGAGUUAUAUGCGCUUAAUGUCGCACAAAUAAUUGUCCGUAGAAAAAAUGUUUAAUUUUAUACACAUAUAUACAUAUAUAUUUCUUAGAACAUAUUUCUUGAAAACUGUAUAUAUUAUCGCUGAACAAACACCAAUAAAUAAAUUUAAAAAAAUAUUAAAGUAAUAAGACUUUAAAAUAAAAAAUUGCAAAUUGAUAUAUUUUUUAAUUUUCAUAUUUAAUUAAACAUUAUUUUUACUUGAAAAUGUAAUUAUGUUAAAUUGAUUUUAUUUGUUCAUUGACAGUAUUCUACAUAUAUAUUGGAUGAUUAUAUAUACAUAUAUUGAAACAUUUUGUCUACGGAUAGUGCGAUAUCUUCCCUUGUGUGUAUGAUUCAAUUAUAAUUUGUGCAAUUAUAAUUUGUCGCUCACUAUAAAUGCGCUGCAUUACAUUACAAAAUUUAUAAAGUCCAUUCUACUUAAUCUUCUGUUAUCCGAAAUAUCCGAGAUUGUUGUCUGAUGAUGACUUACAAAAUAAUUGUGUGCAAUGUAAGAAUUAUUUGUCUUAAUUUAUUAUUCAAUUGAAAAUGUAUUCACGAUAUAUUGAUGAUUAUUCUUUCAUUCUCCUUGCGCCUUAUUCAGAAAAAAUGUUUAUCACAAAUGGAUUUUGCCGUAACAACUUAUUUGUCGCUUAAUUUAUCAUAUGUUUUAGUCAUGUUUUUCAGUUGUCGAUCAGACGUUUCACUAAUCAAUCAUAAAACUGUUUAAAAAUAUUUUUUAAUCUCCGAAAUAUACAGAUAAUUACAAAAGAUUCACGAACAAAUAAGUCUGGGCUUUAAAACUAGCGGAAAUAAUCGUUUUCUCAGAAAGGAACAAAAAAA